AUGUCUAAGUGUUGUAAAGUGUUUGCAAAAGUGUUGGCAUUACGUUAUUUGCGAAUAGUGCCGUCGUUGAUCAUGUUUAAUUUAUUUGAGGCAUUUUUAUUGCAAAAUGUCGGGGAUGGACCUUUAUGGAAGCAUGUAGUUCAACCCGAUAGCGUUUUGUGUCGUGAAUAUUGGUGGAAGAAUGUAUUUAUGUUGAAUAAUAUACUAAUGCAUUAUAGUUGUUCCCAUCAUACUUGGUAUUUGGCCACUGAUAUGCAAUUGACUGUGUUUUUUGUAAUUAUCGCAAUUGUAAUAUCGAGAUUUCCUAAUUGGAAGAAAUGCAUUUACGCAGCUAUAGCUUUGACAUCUAUAAUUAUAACAUCUGCUGUAACAUAUAUUCUUAAACUUGAAGCGUUUACUUACUUUGCACUUGACUUUUAUCGUCAUUUGUUUGUUAAAGAUUUUCCGACUUUUUUCCAAGGCUAUAUUCCAUUCUACAUGAAUUUAGGUGGUUACCUCGGUGGAUUUAUGUUGGCCGAUAUAUAUACCAACUAUGUUAGGUCUAAUGAAAAAUUGAAGAAACAGUUCACGGGUGUCUUGAAAUAUGAAUUUGGCUAUUGGUUUGUAUUUCUGGCGUUUUUUGUUGUGCUCUGUAGCAGUUCAUACUUUAUAAAUUACGAGAGUGAAAGACAGCCUUUUUUGGUGGCUGCUUAUGCUGGUUUAUUUCGUAACGUUUGGGUGGUCGUAAAUGUGUUGGUCUUCUUAGGAAAUUUCUUCAAAAUGGGUUCUAUCGUAUAUCAUAUCUUUUCUGCACCUGUUUUCGGCAAAUUUUGUAAAAUCUCCUAUCAAGUGUAUUUAUGGCACAUACCCGUCCUUAGAACAUUUGUCGGCAUGUAUCGUCAACCGUUUCAUGUUAAUCCCAUAUCUAUGAUUAUUGUGAUCCUCACCAGUUUCCUUAUAUCGAGUAUUGUGGCAUUUAUAAUGACUCUCACGGUAGAAUACCCAUUAGCUACUAUAAUAAGUUAUUUUUUCAAAAGAGGCAAAAAACAAUCAAUUAAUUGAAAUAUUAAAUACAUUUUUUUUUU